GCUCUUUAGCAGCUUGCGAGCGGACGCUGGACGAUAGAACGGUUUCGCCUGGACUGCGAUCGAUCGACGAAUCGGUCGAUGAAUUCAUCGACGAAUCCGACGAUCGAGGGAUGCGAAAGGUGAAAACGUAAGCGGAGUACUAAGAGGAGGAGAAGGGGUGUUGAACAAGAAGAGGAAAGGUCGGAACGACCGAAAAGGACGAAGUCGGAAAAGGAAACCGGCUGGUUCGUCGACGCUCGCCGACGCUCGGCGUCGCUCGUGCGGCUCCGUCGCAGCGAGGCGGGGUUUAGGCGGGGUCGAUACGAACAGUGCCCGUGUCUUCCCGUCGUUUCCGUGCAGCGUCGUUCUAAUCGCACCGUAUCGAAAAGUGGCAGCGGCUACCGCCGCAGUUCGGCGCCACCGCUGCACACACUCUCUCGUUGGCCUCUACCGCCGCCUCCGCCGCCACCGCCGCCACCGGAUCCCCGAUAUCAUCGUGCAUCGUCGCACUCGUUCGAGAGUCGGCCGAGUGCACCGAAUCGAGUCGUGGCCAGAGAGAGCGGUUACGUUACGUCGAGUCGCGAGACAAGACCCCGUGAGUCCUCGUGGAGGAGGAGGGCAGCGCGGAGGGGAAGAUCGAGCGACAGAGACGGAGAAAAAGGCCACGAAGAGGGGAGAGCGAGAGCGAGAGAAAGAAGGAACGUCACGGGCAAGAGCGCGCGCGCGCGCCUGUCGACCCACCGGUCGAUCGACAACCACGUCGUCGACGGGACAAUCGCGGCAACGACGACGGCUACGACGUGGAUCGAGGAAGAAAGUCGUGCACGAGGAUAACAAAGGCGCGAUCGAGUUUCGUUUUCUGUUCUGUUCGUUCGGCGAGUAGGGCCGACGGAAACACGUAGGAAGAACGAUCGAGGAAAGAAGAAAAACGUAGGAAAGGAGGAACAAGGGGAGAGAGAUAGACGGAGGAGAGCGAGUGGAGGAGCGAAAGAGAGGGAAGUAGAGCGUGGAAGGAAGGAAGGAAAGGAGGAAGGAAGGAAGGAAGGAAGGAAGGAAGGAAGGAAGGAAGUAAAGAAGGAAGGAAGGAAGGGGGAAGGAAAAAGAGAGAAUCGGGUCGAAAUCGUCGGACAUGUGCGCGGCGCUGUGCUCGCAGGCAGCAGGGACGUGAUGGUACGUAGCUCGCGGCGUGCAAGUUAUCAGGAUUGCUCGCGGUCACGGGUUCGUGACGACCAUGGUGAGGAGUGCGACGGCGUGAGCGACGACAACGAGCGCGCUAUCGCGAGAGAGAGCCUCGGGGCGCCGCACGCCGACGGACGGAGCGGCGUUGCCACCUCUCUUCGCCCGCUGCACCGCGAGAAGCGAUACGGCAACCAAGAACACCGUCGUUGCCACGUCCGCUGCUACGUUCCGCUGCCAGCCGGGACGGCAGCUCGCUGCUGGCCACGGCGACCAUCUCUCUCGCUACGCUGCUGUUUCAGAAUCGACUAACGACAUGGAGGCAAAGGAGAGGGAGAAGCCGCUGGUUAAAGACUUGAACGAACAUAUCGUGUGUCCUCUCUGCAGAGGCUACCUCAUAGACGCAACGACCCUCGUGGAAUGUCUACAUUCUUUUUGCAGAGGUUGCAUAGUCAGAAGGUUGAGCAGUGGUGCCAGAGCGUGUCCCGUGUGCAAUGUCGCAACGUCUCCGCCGCUCUUGCCGGACGUAAAGCUACAACGACUGGUGUAUCUCGUAGUACCCGGCCUCUUCCGGUCGGAGCUCGAACGAAGGCGUCAUUUCCGGCUGGUCAAUCCGCAAUGCCCACCUUUAGCCCUUCCAUUGGGUGCUCUAGACUUAACCUUGGACGAUUUCGUCAGCCUGAGCUUGUGCGAGCUCGACGAACCGGAAGAGGAGGCGGUCGCUCGCGAGCCGGAGAACCGUGUCGGGUCACGACACCGAGCGAACAAUACCGAUCAAACGAAACACGAGGAGCCGAUCAAGGUUCGAAGCACGCGGUAUCUCAAGUGUCCGGCAGGAGUGACGGUUCGUCAUCUGGUGCGAUUGUUGAUGCUGAAGAGAGGAUGGGAGGAGGCGAAUUCUUACGGGGCGAUCGUCAACAAAAUCGAGAUUCUCUGCGAGAAGAGCGACGAGAACCGGCGCAGUAGCACGAAAACGACGGUACUGGACCAAUCGUGGACUCUACUGGACCUCGCCUGCAUAUUCGGCUGGAAAAGAGAAGCACCCAUGAAGCUGUUUUAUCGCAUUACGCGCCGGGAGGCUAUUAUUCCUCAAUCGAGCGACAGUUCCUUCAACGACGAAACGACCGAGGAUACCGCGACCAUGGAAAAUAUUCAGAGGCCGCCGACACCACCGCCGAGCCCCAAGCCGCCGCAGGAGUGCGAAGUCGAGGCUCGUAGGAUUUUAGAAAGCAGCAACGUACCCCCUCGAUCCUUGAAGACCAAUUUGGAACGCGACAAGGAACCGAAGGCGAAGAAACCGAGGUGCAAAGUGACUCCGGUUAUGAGGACUCCUAAUCUCGUACCGAUACAAAACAAUCACGCACCUGAGAGUUCCAAGACCAAAGACCUGACGAAGCUGGAACACCACAAGCACAGGAAACGACGAAACAAACGAGUGAUCGCUGAGAUCACCACCACGCCGCGGGAGGAUCUAUUGAAACUGAAGGUUCGGUUGACCCCGUGUCCACCGAGAAUCACGUCGAGUAGCGCGACCGGCCAGGCAAAAGAGAAAUUGCUGCAGAUGAGAGCCGUUAGACGAGAAAAGAUCAAAGCGACGACGAUAAGUCAGCAACGAUCGACAGGCGCGUUGGUGGCUCCAGGGGAAGGUGCAGUUACGAAAGAGAACCUCGGAGAGACAGAGGAGACCAUCGAAGAAAUUAUAGACAGCAUACCCGACGAGGUCGUUCGAAUCGCACAAAAUAUAACUACUCCUCCGACGGAGGAUACUUCCGCCUCGGUCGAUAAGGUGGAUCAGAGAAGCAUACAGCAGAGUUGUAGAUCAUCGUCGAAGAAGGAAGAAACUUUGCCGGAAAUCGUGAAAAGAGUGGAACAGGUCGAACCAGAACGUCCGAAGAAGGACGAGGAGAUUCUUCGAAGAUUGGGUCUGGUAGCCGUGAACGAAGCCAGCGACAAUUUCCGGGAUAAAGCGAAGCAACGCGUGCAAAACAACGGGGAGAAGAUCGAUAACUUGAACAGAGAGAAACUCGAGAAACAAUUGCGCGAAAGUAAAGCGAAUCGUGUGAGAAGCUUGUUGGCUGAGAAACAGAUGCGCGACGCGUUGAAAACAAUGUCGAAGACGAAAGAGGAACAACAUGCUGCGCCCAUUCAGGUCAGCGCCCCUCCGAAAAAGAAAGGUCCGCCACCACUAGCGCCACUGCGCGUCGCCAAGCCUUCCGGGUUUGCCACGUCGAGCGCCAUUUUAGAACCGAACAAUUCCAAAUACGAGAUCCCACUGGAUCUAAGCAGCGGUGGAGCGGUUCACAAUAACGUUCUCGAUCUGUCUGCGAAUUUAUCGGUCGGUAAUUAUUCCUCGUCCCCUGCCUCUUCGUCGUCCUCUUCACCUUCGUCCUCUUUGUCGUCGUCGUCGUCGUCGUCCUCCUCCUCCUCCUCGUCAUCCUGUUCCCUGUCCUUGUUGAAACCAAGGCCAUCGCGACCAUCGAUCCCUACAGGAAACUUACUAAGAGGAAAAGCGAAAGACUUGGAGCAACGACGAGGUCAAGACUCCAAUCUAGUGACACUUUCCGACGCGGCUGUGUCCCUGUUAAGCGGCUGCAUCACCGACGAGAAUUCGAUCGAUCCUUUGGUACUCAGCUCUGCCAACCUCGCCAGCAAAGUCGCUCUGCGAAUACCGCAACCUCAUCAAAGAAUCUCCGGUUUCGGAAUGAAAAUCAAACCAAACUUGAGUAUCAGGCACAUUCCUAAUCCUCAGGCUGUGGUCGCGUCGCAAUACAGGAAUCAAAGAGUCAGUUACUUCAAUUCUGCCUCGCAACAGCCACCGUAAUUCUUUCUCCGCUAACAGUACGAGCUAUCCUCCUGCGUAUCCUCCAUUCUUUUCACCACUUCCUAUGGUAAUAGCCAACAAUCUGGUCGGUGUCUCUGACUUUUGUCCAACUUUAAAGAUCGUUACCGAGAAUGAGCAAACUAUCGCGAAGAAGAUUUGAUUUUUAUUUUAUUUUUAUGCACUCGUCCACUGCAGCUAAAGCGAUAAAGUUGUCGACGAGAAGCGUCCUCUCCGAUGAUUUUCGAACGUGUUACAAAGAUCGAUCGCUUUGAACGAUUUUUCUCUUUACGUAUAACCGGCGGCUGGCUUUAGUUGUCAGAUUAGGUUGGGUUAAUAUUAAUCCGAUCGCCGCGAGGCGGCCAGCCAGCGUUUCACUGCUUAAUCGCUUUAAAGAGUAACUGAAUAAAUUCGUUGAAUCUCAGUAAAGUGAAGCAACGAAAUGUUGACCGCCAUUACGUUACAUCCGAGUGUCCGACUCAGAAUCCAGAUAAUUAUACGAAUAAUCGACCGCGAGGUGAACGUAUCCUUCUAUAAAUAUGUGUUUUCUCAUUCAGCGUCAUCGUCUGGUCACAGCUUGCACAGUUUUUACUUUUUGAGCUUCUACUUUAGUUUUACUUCCACGUUGAACGUAUCGUCAAACGCAAAUGGAAGUUCGAGGUUUAGACUUAGAUCCGACCCUAGUGUCAUCGAAUCGGCCAAUAAAAACGACCACGUUCUCCAGGAUUUUCGCGAGAUCAAAGUUACAUUUAGGUUUGGUUCUCGCGUAAAGUUCAAAGUACUUGUAAUAGCCUGAGUCGUUAUUUUUCGUGAUAUCUGAUAUCAUUUAAACAGCCGCUUAAGAUCAGAGAUGCUGACCAAAUCGCUCGAUAUUACCACUUCCUAUUAUUAGAUUUAGAAGACGCUCUUACGGAAAUAAGAUUCCUACGUGACCAAUCCAAAGGCUGUACGUUACCAUAUAUUUUGCCCCGCUUCCUAUAAUGUUUCGUAAAACGUGAUGAGUUUCGUGUGGGUGUGAAGACACAUGGUACACCCGGUAGCAUAAACUAGAGCGGCAGCUCGAGAGGUGAAAGUGAAAGAAUGAUUGUGACAUUUAAUACAGCGCGAGUAAAUAUAUUCUAUUAGAUACUUUUUUCAAAAUGAACAAGACUAAAAGAAGAUCGUCUGGUACAGAAUGUUUUACAUUAAAAGAGAAGAAAAUAGCGACAAAACGAAUAACACACGUGUUACCCUGUGUCUUUCCCUCUCAAAUGAGAAACAACGGCGGUAUGUUUGUAAUGCAUGUACGUAUGUGUGUGUCUGUCUGUCUAUGAUCAACCAUUAAAUGCAAAUUAGUAUACCUACUUGUGGUCAGGCCUGACAAAUUCAUUUGCGGAAAGAGUCGGCAAUUUGGCUGAUCCGCUUUAUUGGCAAUGGCACAACGCCUGACAGAGAUAUAUUAGACGUAGCAUAACGUAUGGUUAAGGGAUGUAGAGACAAGGAUAGCGGAUGAAUGGUUAGAGUGGAACGGCGGAUGGAUGAAGGAUAAACUUUCUCGUCCCCACGUGUUGUCGUUCCUUUUUUUAGAACCUUAGAGAAAUAUGUACUUCAUAGAGAUGCCAAAGAACGCCAGAGAACGUGUGCAAUGUACUAGUGCAAUUUAAUUAUCGUCUAUUAUCAUAUAAUAUAUUACGAGCGAUUUAUUGCGAUAGAAGGCCGAUUAUAAUUUCCUGGUAAAAGGAAAAAAGAAGAAGAAGAAGAAGAAGAAAAGAAAAAGAAAGAAAAAAACAAAGAAAGAGGGGAACAUGCUAGUAGUACAUAUAACAACGGGCAACCCUUUAAAAAAAUUAGGUGAGAAGCUUCGAGGAGCUUUGUAAAAUCUUUGUAAUGUACACUCGAUUCUUCGUAUCGGGGUGUACCGUUUCGAAUUGGAAGUUUAAAUAUGCAAAAUACGUACCUACCACCCGUACGUCGUAUCCUAUAAUAUUAAGGGAGUUUUUAUUCUACGAAGACGUAUAAACUCAUAUCGCUGUUACUGAUUUACGAAUAAUAUAUUAUAGGUAUUAUUAUCGUCCGAGAUCGAUACGAUCGAGCGGUUUUUGAAAACAUUCGGAUAAAGAAUAGCAUCGAGUGCGCUGUGAGCUCGUUGUGCGUGAUAUAUGGCGAUUUUUAAUGCUGUAUCGGAAUUUGUACAGACUGCUUCUGUUCGUACAAGGACAGCAAUAAAGAUGAACACGAUGAUUUCAAAGAAAUUUUAAACGAAACGUUUACUAGGAAACCAAAUCCUACUCGAACGAUCAGAAUAAUUCAGCGUUUCCGGUAUUGCACAUCGAUCGAGCGUACACGUUGCGUAAAAAAGAUGUAUGUCGAUGGUGGAAUGAGAAUCAAGGUGGGUAUGUAAAAGUAAGUGUUUUAAACGUCUGGUCGAGAUAAAUACUGAAAAUAGGGGAACGGUGCCAACGAGUGCGAAGAAACAAUGGAGAAUAUCGAUACCCACGAUUCGCGGCGAAGUCGGACGUUCGAAUCUCGCUUAGGAAAUUUGCAUCAAUUAGUUACAUGGUUACGCGUGGUCGACGAUAUUUGGGAAAAGAAGGGAACCACACGAUUUCGAAUUAGCUAAUAAUCAAAAAAAAAAAAAAAAAAGAA